AUGACCGAAGGCGGAAUCGUUCAAAAAUUGAAGGAUGGCACUCCGGAAGAAGCGCAGAGUGUUCUCGCAAGCCUUCGUGGCGCUCAUCGAGAUCCCCCCAACGCAUUUGGGCAAGGCUCGGGAGUUGAUAGCUUCCGUGACUCUUCCAGUGCCUUUCAAUUCGACUUUGCUGAAGGAGCAGAAGCAUCUGGUCACGACAUGAACAACCUUCUCGAAAGCUCCAACGACUUUGAUUACGAGGUUGUACAUAACUUCCAGUCCUCCUCUCUCAUGAACGAUUUAUCGAAAGUCGUCAGCAGGUUGGACAUCGAUGAGCGAGGCGACGUCCAAUACUUCGGCCCAAGUAGCAAUAUGAACCUCGUCUCCGACGUUCCGCGGAUUCCUGCUGAUCCAUGGCCAUCAGGAGCCAGUGGUCCGCCCGGCGAUCAGUCCCAGCUUGCUCAAGAACUGGGUUUUGGCGAUGAUAUGACAUUCUCGGCUCAGGUCAACGCGGGCCACUUCGACACUGGCCCGCUCAUGCACCAAAGUACUGCUCGGAAUCCGGCGCCAGAUAUCUACACUAAUACAGCGCUAGAGAAUCAUCUUCUUGCACUGUACUGGACAUGGCAGCACCCCUUCUUUCUUCUGUUCUCGAAGCGGCUCUUUAUGCGCGACCUAGAAGCUGUGCGUGCUCGGAUGUCCUCUUUGCCGGCAGCAAAAGAAGAAGUCCGGAUGAAACAUUACUCGCCUCUUCUUCUCAAUGCCAUCCUCGCACAUGCGUCGCAUUUGACGACGAGACCGGAGGUACGGACAGAUCCUCAGCAACCGUCGAGUGCAGGCAACAGAUACUUUGCAAAAGCCAGGCAGCUCCUGGAGGGUGAAAUAGAGCGGCCGGGUAUCACUACGGUACAGGCUCUGGCUUUGAUGGGGAGCCGAGAAGCGGGCUGCGGAAGAGAUGCAGGUCUCGGAUGGCUUUACAGUGGUAUGAGCUUUCGGAUCGCCGUUGAUCUCGGCUUGCAUCUCAGCAGUGAAGAACUGGUCAAAAGCGGGCGCAUGUCGCAGGAAGAUUCGGAUGCGCGUCUCAUCACAUUCUGGGGAUGCUACCUUUACGACAAAGGUUGGAGUGCAUAUCUUGGAAGGCCUGAAUCGAUACCUCCUCACCUCGUCGAGACAACGCCUCGACUUUCGGAGCAGAUCAACGCCGAAACCGAAUAUCCUCACUGGAUCCCGUACAGCGACGAUCCUUUGUCUCUGGAAGCUAAAGAGCCGGUUGUUGCGCAUACUAUUUUGACCUCCUGUCAGAUAGUGUCGCUUGCAGAAAUACUGGGAUCAAUCAUGAGGAAUUUGUGA